AUGGUUCGCCCACGUCAGUUUACUGUCUAUUUCUACUCCCAAUGCAUCCUGGCCAUAAACUGCUACCUACCAUCUGGCGUCAAUCAAACUGAUCUUGUAGAAUACCAGGAGAGCCUUGCCAUCAUAUCCAACAUCCUAUCCACCCACACUGACGACGCCAUUGUCAUUUCAGGUGACUUCAAUGCUGACACAGUCAACCCUAAUAACAAAAGAUCCCUAGGAUACCUUCGAGCCUUCCUGGAAGAUGCUGGCCUAAUCAGCAUAACAGAAGAACUUGGAAGCCAAGGAAAUUUCACCUAUAGAUCGGAUGAUGGUGCAAAGACAUCGUUUAUCGAUGGCUUCCUUACGCUUAGUUCAUCACUCCACCAGUUUGCUGAUCUCACCAUUGGCCCUGACACACCUCUGAACACUUCGGAUCACCUGCUGGUAAGGAUCAAAUGGUCUAUAGUGCUACCAGGACAUACAGAUCGUCCAAAGCAUGCAACAACCACUCAGCCAGCCCAGAAACUGCAAAGAUUGAAAAUCAAAUGGACAGAAGCAUCCAAAGAUCAGAUAGCGGCUCAAUAUACUGAUCCCCUUGAAAUUACAGCAAGGCAGUUGUUUACUACAUUCCACAAGAGAGUGCUGGACAACACAUCUGUGGACGACUUGCUUCAUAAGCUUACCACGGCCAUGAUUGAGACCUCACUCAGCCUCCCACACAGCUAUCCUUCCACAGGUAAACACGGCAAACCAGAAUGGACCGCGAAAGUCGAAGACUCAUACAACGCUGCCCUUGAAGUUUGGAAGAGAUGGAAAACAGCUGCUAAGCCUCGCAGUGGUACACUCGUCACAGACUACCUCCUAUGCAGAAAGAAGUUUCGAAGUCAGCUCCGCCAAUCUCGAGCUCACAACAACAGAAAACUCCUGAACUGUAUCGAGAACGCCUGCGAGACGAACCAGCAGCUCUUCCACAAACUUGUCAAGAACCAGCGCUCCAAAGACAGAGAUGCCUCUAGCAGCUCUGCCUUCGACAUCCCUGAAAAGCCCACGUUCUCAGCACCCAUGUAUGCCCUCACCAUAACAUCUCAUGACAUCAAGGAAGCUACUACUAAACUGAAGAAGGGCAAAGCCAGUGGUCCAGACAACAUCAGCCCAGAGCACCUCAUAUACAUAGGAAAAGCCACCAUGCACUUGAUUCUGCUCAUCUACAACUACUACCUCUCAACCGCUCAUACUUCGCAGAAGAUGAAAGAUGGAUUGAUUCUUCCCUUCCACAAGGGCAAAGGAAAGGACCCCCGCGAUCCUAGGAACUAUCGAGGGAUUACCUUGUCUUCAUCCUUCUCCAAGCUCCUUGAGCUUAUCCUCAAACCAAGGCUAGAGAAGACCCUUCAAGGCAAUGGUAUACCAGAUGAGCUACAAUUCGGGUUCCAGAAAAACCACUCCUGCAUGCUGACUUCAUGCACUAUGGAAUUCAUAAUAGAGAUCAAUACCUGCCAGAAACGGCCUACCUAUGUUGCUCUCCUUGAUGCAGUGAAGGCAUUCGACAAGGUCUGGCAUGACGGCCUCUUCUACAAAGUGGAUCAAACCAACAUUGACCCUGCAUACACAGCCCUCCUCAGAUCUCUGUAUGAAAACAUGGAAAGCCGAGUUCUGUGGUCUGACAAGACAAGUGGAGCCAUACCAAUACUCCAGGGUGUCAGGCAAGGUGGGGUACUCUCCCCCCUGCUGUACACUGUUUUUGUUGACGGUCUUAUCAAGGAGCUGAGAGACAAGAGGCUAGGUUGCCAGUUGCUGAGCCAGCAUGCUGGUGUGAUCGUUCUGGCCGAUGAUGUAGCGCUAGUCAGCUCAUCUCCAACAGAGCUUCAAGAGAUGCUGAAUGUUACAUGUAAAUAUGCAGAAACUUGGAGAUAUCGCGUCAACCCACAGAAAAGCAAGAUUGUUACCUUCAAUAACAAAGCUCACAAGUCAACGGCCUAA